GGUUCUAGGGCAAAUAAUAUUUAAGCGUGUGCAUUGUCAACCCUCUUUCUCCACUCAAUUGGCCGCGCAUCAUAGCUUUGCGAGUGGGAUUUCAUUUCUAGGGUUUUUACUCCGCGCAUCCACAGAGCUCUCCAUAAUGACAAAGAGAACGAAGAAGGCCGGUAUUGUCGGCAAGUAUGGUACCCGAUAUGGUGCUAGUCUGCGUAAGCAGAUUAAGAAGAUGGAGGUCAGCCAGCAUAGCAAGUACUUUUGUGAGUUUUGUGGAAAGUAUGCGGUGAAGAGGAAAGCUGUGGGGAUUUGGGGAUGCAAAGACUGUGGCAAAGUGAAAGCUGGAGGCGCUUACACUAUGAACACUGCAAGUGCUGUUACUGUCAGGAGUACCAUUCGGAGGCUUAGGGAGCAGACCGAGAGUUAAUUUUGAUUUUAUUAUGGCAUC